CUAUCAGAAAUUUCACGACAUGCCAAGGAAGAAAGGAAGGAGCAAUUAAAUAAUUAAAAUUGUAAAGGAUUAAAAUAUAUAUAUAUAUAAAUGAGGAAUAUCACAGUUCUCCCCCUUUUGUUUUUGGUGUUGAGUGUCGCAAUGAGGCUCGGACCUCUACAAUGUUUACAUAUUAAACGAAGAACUUAGUCAAAGCAAUCAAUGAAUAAUGAUUGAGAACUAUCCCAAAGCAAAGAUGAGUCACGUCAACGCGAUGAUGAUUCUGUGAAGGUUCGAAUGUCAUUACCAAAUAAUAAAACACCAUGUCAGCUACGAUGACGCACUGCCAAUAAAUCAUCACCCGAUGACCACACUGCAAAUAAAUCAUCACCCAAUGACGAAUUUUCUCAUGCCAGAAGGGUUUAAAAAGAGAGCUUCAACCAGAGAAAGGAGCAGAAAAAGAAGUGGAGAAAAGAGAGAAAGUCACAGAGAGCGAGAGAGAGAAAGAGAACGGACGAGCAUCAGACCAGACGAGCACCAGAGCGAGAGUAGCUCAAGAGAAGACGAAUAGUGAGUUGAAUCAAUUUCAAUUUUCAUAAUCUUUCAAAUACCAUUUUUCUCAGCGAAUUUGCGAGCAUCGUCGACAGUUAUGCCCCCCAAACGUCAAUCGAUUGGUCGAUCUACAUCUCAAGCACGAAAGAAAAAGGCAUUACGAGCUUCAGAAACAGACGAGGAACGGGAAGCAAGAUUAGAAGCCUAUCGAGUACGCACUGCUGAAGCCCGUUCUUUUCAAACGAACGAGCAACGAGAAUCAAGAUUGGAAGCCGAUCGAGUACGCGCUGCUCAAGCCCGCUCGAAUGAAACAAUUGACCAACAGGGAGUAAGACUGGGAACCAAUCGAGAACGCAAUGUUCGAUCCAGGCGGACACUGCACGCUGAUUUGAAUCUUGCUGCGUUCCAUUACGAUGCUGAUUAUGAUUACAGUCUCCAUCGAAGUGUCGUUAUUGAAAAGAUGGACAAUUUAUGCAAAUUUUGCCGUGCAUUGAAAUUCAAGAAUGAAACACCAGGAAUGUGCUGCGCAGGUGGAAAAGUGAAAUUGCCAGAAUUGCAUUUACCACCUGAACCAUUAUCAACGUUGGUAUCAGGUGACACAAGCCAGUCGAAACAUUUCUUGGCAAACAUACGCAAAUACAAUUCAUGUUUUCAAAUGACAUCGUUUGGUGCAACAGAAAUCAUACGUGACAAUUAUAUGCCAACGUUCAAAGUGCAAGGGCAAAUUUAUCAUCGUACUGGAUCACUUCUACCACUGCCAGAUGCAGAUCACAAAUUUCUCCAAAUUUAUUUCAUGGGAUCCAGUGAUGAACAAGUUGAUCAACAUUGUCGAUUCAAUACCGGCACUAAUCGAGAAAUUGUUGCUUCAUUACAAAAUUUAUUCGAUCAACAUAACGAAUUAGUUCGACUGUUCAAGACGGCCCUUGAGCGAAUGCCAGCUGAUGAUUAUGUACUUGUCAUUAGAGCUGACAAAACACCAGCUGGCCAACAUGAAAGACAAUACAAUGCACCAACAAUUAAUGAAGUGGCGAUCGUCAUAGUUGGCGAAGAAUUUAACUCGCGUGAUAUAGUUCUUCAUCGCAGAGAUGGUAAUGUUCAGCGAGUCUCCGAAACUCAUCGCUCAUACGAUGCAUUGCAAUAUCCAAUUUUAUUCUGGCAAGGAGAAGAUGGAUAUCAUUUUAACAUCAAAAUGAGAAAUCCACAAACAGAUGAGGACACCAAUAAGAAGGUCAGUGCCAUGAAUUACUAUUCAUAUCGAUUGAUGAUUCGUGAGAACACAGACAACCACAUUUUGAAAUGUCGGAAAUUAUUCCAUCAAUACAUUGUCGAUAUGUAUGCAAAAAUCGAGACCGAACGACUUCUUUUCAUUCGAUUGAAUCAAACCAAGCUGUGCUCUGAAGAAUAUAUUCAUUUACGCGAUGCAAUUGCUACUGAUGGCAAUCCCAAUGAACUAGGGAAAAUGGUCAUAUUGCCUGCUACAUUCACAAGAAGCCCACGGCACAUGCAUGAAUACGCACAAGAUGCAAUGACUUAUGUUCGCGCAUACGGCCGUCCGGAUUUAUUCAUAACAUUUACAUGCAAUCCUACGUGGGAAGAAAUGUCUUCGGAUCGCCAUGACAUCAUUGCACGUGUGUUCAAACAAAAAUUGAAAUCUAUGAUGGAUUUCAUUGUCAAACAUCAUGUUUUUGGGGAGACACGCUGUUGGAUGUAUUCCAUUGAAUGGCAGAAACAAGGAUUACCACAUGCACAUAUUUUGAUUUGGUUGAUCGACAAAAUUACACCAGACAAAAUUGAUGAAGUCAUCUCAGCAGAAAUACCAGAUGUCGACAUUGAUCCAGGCUUAUUCGAAGUUGUUACCAACAACCUGAUUCAUGGUCCAUGCGGCGCGAUCAACAACAAUUCUCGGUGCAUGAAGGAUGGAAAAUGCACGAAACGCUAUCCACGACACUUACACGCCGAAACUAUCACUGGAAAUGAUGGAUAUCCACAAUAUCGUCGACGAUCAACUGAAGAUGGUGGCAAAUUCAUCACUUUAAAAGUAUGCAACAAUGACAUUGAAGUCGAUAAUCAUUGGGUUGUGCCGUAUUCACCAUUACUCUCAAAGACGUUCAAAGCACACAUCAAUGUCGAGUAUUGUAAUUCAGUGAAAUCGAUCAAAUACAUUUGCAAAUAUGUCAACAAAGGAAGCGAUAUGGCAGUUUUUGGAGUGGGAAAUGCAUCUGCACCAAUCAAUGAAAUCGAUCGAUAUGAAUUGGGACGCUACAUUAGUACCAAUGAAGCAGUUUGGCGUAUUUUCUCAUUUCCAAUUCAUGAACGUCAUCCAACAGUUGUUCAUUUGGCAGUACAUCUUGAAAAUGGGCAGCGCGUGUAUUUUACAACGGAAAACGUACAUGCAAGAGCAUUAUCGCCACCGAAAACAAUGUUAACUGCGUUCUUCUCAUUGUGCACAGAUGAUUUGUUCGCAAAAACGCUACUUUACUCAGAAGUGCCAAAAUACUACACAUGGAAUGCAUCAGCAAAAAAGUUUCAACGUCGUAAACAGGGGAAACCAGUUGAAAGACAUCCGAAUUUAUAUUCAUCCGACGUGUUAGGCCGUCUUUAUACGGUUCAUCCAAACAAUCAAGAAUGUUUUUACUUGCGAUUACUGUUACUUAACGUACGUGGACCGAAAUCCUUCCAAGAACUGAGAAGAGUGAAUGGUGAAGUAUGUGCGACCUAUCGAGAAGCUUGCCAAGAAUUAAAUCUUCUUGAAAACGAUGCACAGUGGGACACAACACUCGCUGAUGCAUCGAAUACUGCUCAACCACAGCAAAUACGCACGUUAUUUGCGAUAAUAUUGACGUGUUUCCCAUCCAAUCCGAAAGAUCUUUGGGAAAAAUACAAAGAUUACAUGAGUGAAGACAUCCUACGUCGUUUGCAAGCAACGAAUCAGAAUCCAGACAUGCAAUUCACACCACACGUGUAUAAUGAGGCGUUGGUUUCGAUCGAGGAUAUAUGUUUGACAAUCGUUAACAAAGGAUUGGGGCAGUUGGGAAUGUGUGCACCGAAUCGAUCUGCAAGUGACGCAUAUGAUCGUGAUUUGCAACGUGAAACACACUUCAAUGUCGAUGAUUUGGGUACAUUUCUUGAAACGAAUCUUCCGAAAUUGGUUUCAGAACAACGCAUUGUAUAUGACACAAUAAUGCAAGCAAUUAAAAAUCAAGGGGGCGGAUUGUACUUCAUAGAUGCGCCCGGAGGUACAGGCAAGACUUUUCUCAUUUCACUAAUUUUGGCAACCGUUCGAUCACGGAAUAAAAUUGCACUGGCAAUUGCAUCAUCUGGAAUUGCGGCAACACUUUUGGAUGGUGGUCGAACAGCGCAUUCAGCACUGAAAUUGCCAUUGAAUUUGCAAACCACUGAGACGCCAACAUGCAAUAUCACCAAAAAUUCCGGAAUGGGCAAAGUUCUCCAAACAUGUAAACUUAUCAUAUGGGACGAAUGCACAAUGGCUCACAAAAAAGCAUUGGAAGCGCUUGAUCGUACACUGAAAGAUUUGAGGGGAAAUGAACAGCCCUUCGGUGGAGCACUCAUUUUAUUGUCUGGUGAUUUUCGACAAACUCUGCCAGUUAUACCACGUUCAACACCCGCUGAUGAACUUAAUGCAUGUCUGAAAUCAUCAGUUCUAUGGCGACAUGUAAAGAAAUUGACUUUGAAAACCAAUAUGCGUGUUGAAUUACAAAAUGAUGUAUCCGCGGAACGUUUCGCAAAACAAUUGCUGGAUAUUGGGAAUGGGAAGAUGGCAAUAGACAGAUCUACACAAUGUAUCACAUUGCCAACAAAUUUUUGUAAGAUGACAUCAACCAAAGGUGAAUUGAUUCAAAAGGUUUUCCCAAAUAUCGCGCGGAAUUACAAAAAUCAUCAGUGGCUCAGUACACGUGCUAUAUUAGCAGCUAAGAACAAAGAUGUCAAUGACAUCAAUUUCAGCAUUCAAAACAGAAUACCAGGCGAAGCGACAACGUAUAAGUCCAUCGAUACUGUUAUGAAUCAAGACGAAGUUGUCAAUUACCCAACGGAAUUCUUGAAUUCACUAGAUUUGCCAGGAAUGCCACCACACAUUUUAACAUUGAAGACUGGCGUGCCUAUCAUUCUUCUUCGUAACAUCAAUCCACCACGACUUUGCAACGGUACAAGACUUUCGGUGAAAAAGAUGAUGAACAAUGUCAUCGAAGCUACAAUUUUGAAUGGGAAAUUCAAGGGGGGAGAUGUACUGUUGCCACGUGUUCCAAUGAUCCCAACAGAUAUGCCAUUCGAAUUCAAACGUUUGCAGUUUCCGGUGUGAAUCGCUUUUGCAAUGACCAUCAACAAAGCACAAGGACAAUCGCUGCAAGUGUGUGGGCUAGAUUUAGAGAAUCCGUGCUUCUCACAUGGACAACUGUAUGUGGCCAGCUCACGCGUCGGAAAACCUUCUGAUUUAUUUGUGUACGCACCAGAGGGAAAAACAAAAAAUAUCGUGUAUCCACAAGCACUCCAGUAA